CAACUUUGACAACUUGAGUGUCAAUGACUAUUUUAGAUUUUGAUUUGAAAAUUGAAUUUUUAUGAGUAGUAAAAUUCAUACUCAAGACUCAGUAUUUUAAAAUUUUUAAAUAUCUAAAUAAAAGCAAGUUUCAUUUUUAUUUUCAUAUCAAAUUUACAGUAUUAAUAACAUCUAUAUUUUAUUUAAGAAACAUUGUCCCCUUCAAAAUUUAUUGGAAAAACGCUAUGUAGAGCAAAUAAAAGUAAAAGAUGGCACUUUACGAAGGAAUUGCUCUCAUUCAGGAGAAACAAGCCGUAGUGCUGGACCUGGGCACGGAUUACACCAAGUUUGGAUUCACGGGCGAGGCGGCUCCGCGCUGCAUCAUCCGCUCCCAGUACUGGUGCGCCAAGGAGCGCCGCUACAAGAGAGUGUACGACUAUGAUAACGUGGAGGAGCUGUACGACAACCUGGUGCACAUGCUGCAUCUGCUGUACUUCCGCCACGUGCUGGUGAACCCCAAGGAGCGCAAGGUGGUGGUGGUGGAGUCUCUGUUCACACCCACGCUGUUCCGGGAGACCCUCGCCAAGGUGCUCUUCCUGCACUAUGAGGUGUCGGGCGUGAUGUGGGCCGACAGCCCGCGCCUGUGCGCGCUGACGCUGGGCGCGCCGGUGGCGCUGGUGGUGUCGCUGGGCGCGCUGGAGGCGGAGGUGGUGGCCGUGGUGCACGGCUGCCCCGUGCUGCGCGCCAUGCAGAGCGCGCCGCUGGGUGCGCGCGCCGUCGCCCGCGAGCUGGCCGCGCGCCUCGACGCCGAGCACGGCGCGCCGCUCGCUCUGCCCGCGCACGUGCUGGAGGACAUCGCCGUGCGCGCCUGCUUCGUGCCCGGCCGAGCGCGCGCGCUGGCGCUGGCCGGCGGCGCGGCGCCCGCCGCCGGCGCGCAGUACUCGCGCGCCGACCGCACGCUGACGGUGAGCGGCGCGGCGCGCGAGCUGUCCGCGGAGCCGCUGUUCGCGCGCGACAACGAGAUGGCUUCGCUGCCCGACCUCGUGCUGCAGUGCAUCGUGCAGAGCCCCAUCGAUGCGCGCCGAGCGCUGGCGGAGAACAUCCUGGUGUGCGGCGGAGGCGCCGCCAUGCCGGGGCUGCGGGCGCGCCUCGCGCAGGAACUGCGCUACUUGGCCACCCUCGCCCCGUACGACGAGCGCGUGCGCGUCGAAGAGUUCAAGUUCCACUCGCCGCCGGCGCCGCUGAACGCGGUGGCGUGGGUGGGCGGCGCGCUGGCGGGCGCGGCGGACGGCGGCGCGCGCGCGCUGGCUCGCGACGCCUACCUGCGCGCGCCGCGGCUGCGCGACUGGCCCUGUCUGCUGCACACCACGCCGCCGGCGCACCACCACUGGCGCGACGCUCGCGACGCGUAGCACCGCCGCGGGCGCGAUACCCGCGACGGGUGGCAUCAUCGCUUGCGCGAUGCUCGCGACGCCUAGCUCCCGCGACGCGUAGCGCAGCUUGUGAGUGCCGCGGUCGGGACUCAAGUGCUGAGCCGGCUGGAGCACAUCAGGGAGCACCAAACAAUAUUUCAAAUAAUCUAGGGGAGUCAGUUCUUCCUCGCUACACUAAAUAAAAACCAAUAAUGGCUUUAACUUUCAGUUAAUAUAAUUGGAUAAGGAUGUAAGGUCUUAAAAUUAAACAUCGUUAUCGAUAA